UGAGUAGAGCUCUAACUUAGAGAAGGAAUGGAAUCAAAGUUCUUUCGCUUCCUAAAGAUAGUUGGAGUUGGUUUCAAAGCAAGAGCUGAAGCAGAGGGGCGUUUGUUAUACCUAAAACUGGGUUACAGCCAUGAGGUUGAGCUGACUGUUCCUCCGGCUGUUCGUGUGUUUUGCUUCAAACCAAACGUGAUCUGCUGCACAGGGAUUGACAAGCUAAGGACACAUCAAUUUGCUGCAGCCAUCAGAAGCUGCAAACCACCAGAAGUGUACAAAGGGAAAGGGAUAAUGUACAUUGAUGAAGUGAUUAAGAGGAAGCCGGGAAAGAAGUCGAAAUGAGUUCUUCAGCUUAGGGGUCUUAUCUAGACAUCAAGCUGACAUUGUAUUUCUAAUAUGCUCCACCUUAGCAUGUGUUUGGUGCUUCCUUGUACUUGUGGUGCUAGAUUGCUUGGUCCCAAACUCCGAAUCCAUGGUUCAUCUAUAUCUUUUAAGAUCACUGCUUAAGGCCGGUAUGCGACAUGCCAUUAGUCAAUUAGUGCAACUUACUUACCAUUUUUACGUGGGUGCAUAACUUCUCAAUUAGUGCAACUUACUUGCCAUUUUUACGUGGGUGCAUAACUUCUCAUUUUUUUAACGACUUCAGUGGAGCAUUUGCGAGUUAGGCUGUGUUCAUAUGACCAUUUCAGUUUAUUUUGAGCUGAAACUCAAUAAAUUGAAACAAUUAAUUCAGGUGUAGCUCCGUUUGGAUAAAUAUUGAACGUGACUAAUACUUAAGAAGAUGAUUUCACGCAUCUUUCACUUUUUGCAUUUCAGUCCAACCCUUUAAUUUUGACAUAAGUUUAUGUCAAUUUAUUUAAUCAUCCUCUCAUUCGAAAUUUAUGUUAUUC